AUGCAGCCUCCGCCGUCCUCGCACAGAGAUGAGAUGAAAAAUCAAGAUACCGUGAAAAGCGGCUUGUCGAGCCUCGGUACCUCAUCUACGAUCUCGGAGAUCACGACCUCUGACCCCCCAGCUCUCGGUGAAGAAGGAGCCUCUAAGCCGGCGGCGGCUCGCACUGAAUCGGCCAUGGUGGAGUCUGGCAGAACUCAAAGCCUUCCUGAAACCAACAGCAUCCCACCUCUGGACAUCAAAAAGCCCCUGCCUUUAGAUUCUCCUCCUCCCCCGACGCCUCCUCCUCCUCCUCCUCCUCCUCCUCCUCCAGCAUUAGACGCCCCUGACCUUCCUCUUCCCUCCCCUCCCGUCCUUCCUUCACCUCUGAUGUCCUCCAAACCUUCCUCCACCUCCAGCCCGCCUCCUCCUCCGACGCCGCCCCUCGCCGAAAGCCCCCAGCGGCCCACGACUCUAAAGCUAAAGACGCUGCCGCGGCCCACGGUCAGGGAGAACGGCGGGCCGCUGCCAGGAGGGGAUGAGGACGAGGAGGAGAGGAAAAUGCUGGAGGAGGAUCUGAAAAAAUGCAUCGAGGACUUUAAAAAGAUCCGCUUGCCCAGAGUGUUUCCAGACCGCAAGCGGCACUGGCAGAGUGACUUGCUCAAGAAGUACAACGCCUAGAAAGAUUCUGAGGGUCAAAAAAUGGUGAGACUCGAUGGCGAGUGGCGAGGAAGCCAUUGUGUUCACAUCGCUGGGAUCAGAACGAUGUGAGUGACUGACAGCACGUCCUGGGGCGUUGUAGCUUUUGCAUGUUGACCGAGCUUAACUGCUCAAGUAGUGCAGGGGUUUUCAGAGUGUGUAAACCCCCCCCCCCCCCCCCGUCUCAUAUGGAGAAGUGUUUGUUGGCUGGAUGCUGAUGCUAGAAUUCCUGAUGUUUUAUUUAUUUUUUCACAUUUUAAUAUAUCAUUGUUGACAGCUGCU